AUGGCUACUGAUGGAGGAUGUCAAUCAUCAAUAUCGGUAGCAAAUACAUUAUCAAUUCGUCCGACAACAACCAAUUCACCAAACACAACAAAUUCAACUGGAAACUUAAAUAAAAGUGCCGUUGAUAUAUUAAAUGAAUCGAUUGGUGAUAUUAAUUAUGAAGAUAGUCGACGUGGUGAAAAUACAAGAGCAACUAUUGUUAAUGAAUUUCAAAAUUAUCGAAAAUAUACAACUCAAUUCAAUUUAAAAUAUAAACCAUAUGCAACAUCAGCGAUAAUUUUCUGGACGACAUAUGGAGACACGUUUUCAAUUUUAAAAGGACUUGCUAAAAAAAUGUUAAGUACACCUGCAACUUCAGUAGCGAGCGAAAGUUGUUUUAGUCUUUCAUCAUCUUUAGGUAGGAAAGAACGUGCCCGUUUAACAGGUGACAAUCUUUCAUCACGUGUCUUUCUGAAAGACAAAAUAAAAUUUUGA